AUGUCGCAAGUUCCGCGACGAGGCAGCGAUGAGAGCUCAUCGACUCCGAGAAACCUUUCCUCCGCCUACCCGUCGAUGAACAACGGCCUCAUCCCUCGGGAUUAUUUAGCUCGAUCCGAUCGACCAGGGCCUACUCCUGGCUCACGACAUAUAACACCUUCCCCGUUGCAUACGAGCUCUUUGCCCCAGUCGUAUCGCGGUGACGGCGCUUCUUCACAGAGCCCUUUGUCGCCGGGUUCUUCCAACCCAUCGCCUUCCCAGAAUCGAUCGCCAAUCGCCCGUGUAGCUAAUGCUACGUUUCCCGCCCCUCCGUCUUCUGGUCAUAGCUUGUCGCAAUCGCCUAUAAUGACAGGCCUCGAGUCGGACCAAAAGAGCGGACAACCGGAUGAGAAUAAUGUACCGAUCCCCCCCAGUGCGCCAGAGCCCGAUCGUUCUGCAUCCUCAUCCGUCAACUCCAUGCACUCGAUGCCUGGCGAUCGCCCUGCCCACCGUGUUAUGCCCCGUACUUCAUCGAUCGAUUCCGCGAUUUCCUCUCUAUCUUCCACGUCCCAGAGAUCUGCCUUUGACGUGAAAUCCCUGAGCCCAGCCGAUAUAAGUAACCUCAUAAAUGCCGCUGGUUCGGCCGAGGCUGUCAUUGUGCACCUUCUGAAAGAAAAGCACCAUGCUGCCUCCCAGAAUGCGCAGCUUUGGAAACUGGUUGACAAACAAAGGACCCUCAUUCUUGGUCUCAACAAGGAUUUGGAACGUGCUUUCCAAGAGAAGGACAAAUAUAGGAAGAAACUGAAAGAUAUUCAGGAAGCGCCUCCGUUGCCAACUAAAAAUCCGUUGGCCUCUGCGACCGUGACGGAGGAAAAAUCUGCAAAGAGCGACAGACAAGAUACUUCGCGACAAGCUAGCCAAACUUCUAUUGUCGCACCCUCAGACGCGACGCGGAGAGACAUCGAAAGUACCACUAGCCCGAUAUCCCCCACAGACAUUCCAUCCCCGGUUGAUGGAAAGAGCAAAUUUCCGCAUCCCAGUCGUAAGCCACCACCAGCGCCCUUGAACCUUCAACAAGCAGAAACAAGAAGGGCGUUGUCGGCUUCCGACUCCGAUUCUGAUUACGGAGAUACUCAGGAAACGAGUGAGAGUCUGGACCGCGGGAGGAGAAAAACGAGAGAGCAAGAUGACUGGGACCGCGAAGCUGCGUUGCAGAAAGAUAUCAACGCUUAUGGUAAUACGACAACCGAAUCAGGCGCCUCUGGUUCCAAGGAUACAGCGAUGUCUAGCAGCCCGGAGACAAUUUCUAGAGAACACGCUACAAGGUCACCACCGAACAUGGGUGAUUCUAGUUCCCUGGGGUCGAUUCUGGGACCGCGAGCUAACCCUGCUUCCUCCUUCAACGGGCGUUCUGCUGGUCCCAUGCCGAUGAGUCCCGGACUGCCAAUGAGUCCGAGGCCAGAAGACCGACCCAUUGGAUCUCCUUUGCCUCGCAUGCCACGGGACAUGUCGAAUUCCAUGGCAGCUGGGUAUCAUACUCCAGGAUUACCGCUGUCCCCCCGAAUGGCUAAUUAUCCCUCCAACUUUGCCCCUGUACCCUCAGAUACAAGACCCGCAGGGACCAUGCCUUCAAUCGAUCCUACGGUCAAGAUUGAUAGCCCAAGGUCUGCAUACUUUCAGGACAACCGCAUCUAUCAAGGCUUGGUAUCAGAUGAAUAUCCUGGCCUACUAUUACCCCCGAAUGCUCUCCCUUUGAUCCAAGUCAAAGUAUCAUCGUCACGGCUACGACCUUCACGAAACAGCUAUCUGGUGUCUCGGCCUUUGGAUGAAGAGCCUGUAUUCACGCUGAGUGUGAUCUCUAGAUCAGAGAUCUCAGAACUCUGGCGAGUUGAAAAGGUCAUUGGGGCUCUGCCCCCUCUGGACCAAAAAAUAAGACAGAGCGUCUCGUUCGCCAGCAAAUUGCCUGAUAGAAGCAUAUUCAAUGGCCAUUCGCCUGCAAAGGUCGAUUCUAGACGUGCUGCAUUGAAUGCAUACUUUGAAAAUCUCUUGGAUACACCGAUGGACGAAAAGGCAGCAUUGGUUGUUUGCCAAUUUCUGACAAACGAUGCCAUUGAACCCCGAGAUGACGAGACAGCCUUAUUGAAAGGCCCCGACUCUGCGAAGUCGGAUAUGCCCCGUGGACCCGACGGAAAUCCCCAGAAGGAAGGCUAUCUGACCAAGCGCGGUAAAAACUUUGGUGGUUGGAAAGCAAGAUACUUUGUUCUUGAUGGACCCGAACUGAGAUACUUUGAGUCGCCGGGUGGUCAGCAUAUGGGUACGAUCAAACUCCAUCAUGCACAGAUUGGCAAGCAGUCGCCGAAAUCCAGCGACCAGCAAGCGUCGAACUCAGGAGAAGAUGACGACAACCAAUAUCGCCAUGCAUUCCUGAUCCUGGAGCCAAAGAAGAAGGAUUCGUCCGCCCUUGUCCGACAUGUUCUUUGUGGCGAAAGCGAUGAAGAGCGCGAUGCCUGGGUAGAUGCUCUGAUGGAGUAUGUUGAGAGUGCUUCUUCCGAGAGUGAGGGGCGUAGCAGCGUGGCCAAGGGUCAAGCUUUGUCUGAGGAUCACAGCCAGUCUCAAGGGAAACAGUCACUAGCCGGAGCUGACUCUAGGUCUAAGUUUUUGAACAAUGGAGGCAAGAAAUCUGGGAGAGGAGUUGACAGUCCCGAUCCAGACCUUGGAGGUUCUGUGCAGGGGUUCAGCUUUGAUGAUGCUGUGCAAGCAGAGCCACCUACAAUUGGUUCUACUCUCGAACAAGCUCCUCGGUCUCCACGGAUUCCAGCGGCUCUAUCGACAGAUUUCAGAGACAUGACCAUGUCCUCUCCUGAUCAACCAAUGCAGUCCCCAAGGCUUAUAUCUAGACCAACAAACGGAUCAGUCAUUCAAGACGUGGAAGCGUGGGGUAACAAGGCAAAAACUUCAACCAAGGAGAAGAAGCGCAGCAUAUGGGGCUUCCGCACCCGUUCUUCCUUUGAUCUUGCCGCACAAGCUCAGGCUAGCAGCGAAACCCUGAUUGCCACCGGCAAUGUCCAGGCAGAGAGAAACGGACCCGUUAGACCGGUGUUCGGUAUCCCUCUAGCAGAGGCUGUGCAAGAUUGUGCACCGCCAGGCAUCGAUGUGGAACUUCCCGCGGUGGUUUAUCGCUGUAUUGAAUAUCUGCACUCCAAGGAAGCAGCCCUGGAAGAGGGAAUAUUCCGGUUGAGUGGCUCGAAUGUAGUGAUCAAAGCUUUGAAGGAACGGUUUAACACUGAAGGUGAUGUUGAUUUCGUAUCUGGCGACCAGUAUUAUGAUGUCCACGCCGUGGCCUCUCUCUUCAAGCAAUACCUUCGAGAGCUUCCAACUACAGUGUUGACGCGAGAGCUUCAUUUGGACUUCCUUCGGGUUCUUGAACUUGAUGAUCGCCAGAAGAAGGUAGCAGCCUUCAACUCUUUGGUGCAUCGAUUGCCGAGGCCCAAUCUGGCAUUGCUGCGAGCUCUAUCCCAGUUUUUGCUUGAAAUUGUCAACAACUCCGAUGUCAACAAGAUGACUGUCAGAAACGUGGGCAUUGUCUUUGCCCCAACUCUCAACAUUCCGGCACCCGUCUUCUCUAUGUUCCUUACAGAUUAUGAGAGCAUUUUUGGCGACGACAAAAGCUUCGCCAAGUCUACCGAGCUGACAGUUGAUCACACACUUUCACCCAAUGACAUUCGUUCUCCUCGCCACCAGAUGUUCUCGGACAUUCCAACACCUUCGUACCAGCAGACCUCGUUCCGAAAAACCGAGACUGCGGACUCAGGAUCCAGACCACACUAUGACACAGGGUUCAUCCCAAUGCAACCCAGCUAUGACCAACCGACGUCCCGCCCUGAACAGUAUAACCAGCCCCCUGAGUCCUCAGUGCCCUAUUCUUCUUUGAACGGCAUGUUGGUGCCCAACUCAGAUGACACUCGCUCGACGAAAACGAAACGACGCGAGAGUUCAAUGCUUUAUAUGGACAGUCUCUGA